AAGCAGCUAUAAAAGUAACAAAUGUUAGUAUUAAAACGGUCAUUGGGAGCAGGAAAAUAAUAAAGGCUAUUGGCCUGGGCAUGUCAGUGGAAUUCGCAGCAAAGCUGUUCAAAUAAAUGGUGUUUAGGAAACUGCCAUCAAUUCUGCUACAGUUUGUAGCAUUAUGUGAGAAAUGCUGUUAUAGGCAACAUAUGACUUUCUAUAUUCUGUAGUCCCUCACUUUUUUUGACAGUUUAAAGCAGCUGUAAAAUAGGGCAGGAAGUAAAGAAUAUACCAUUUGUUUGGAAGAAUCUAGAAAUUAUUUCCAAACCUACCCCAAAGUUAAAAUAACAAGACACAGAGCCCUUUCCUCUGAUAGUCUACAGCAUGUGUCCAUCCAGAGUCCUCUGGGCACACGUGGGGUCUCUGCAUCCAUCUGCACAAUAACAUGAUUCAUGUUAUUAAUGAAUUAAUAAUAAAUAAUUAAAAAAACCCUCAGUCUUUGCUGUGUGGUGAUUGCUGUCUUUAGUCCAGUUUCUACUAUUCCCAGGCUCUUGGCAAGCUCAGAGCGCUGCUGCCUCUCUCUCCUGCUACUCCAGGUAGUCACUACACUUGCAUGAAGUAUCAGCACCUACUUUAGACCUGCUGGAGGACACAGAGUUUGGUUGUGUGGCCAGAAUCAAUGUCUCUCCCAGCCUGUUUUUGCUGCUGCCAAGAAAGCACCCAGGGUGCAUGGGAUAAGAGCAGCCACCAGUCCCCCCAGUUACAGAGACCAGUUGCAAACCUGGCUUUCCACCGCUUCAUUGCCACUGCUUGCCGGGGCUUCCCUCUUUCUCCCUGCUCCUUGUGUUUGGCAUUCAAAUGAAACAUGGAUGUGGAAGGUAUCAUUUGUCUAAAUGUUGCAUCGAGUAUCUUAACAUCAGAAGCUUGUGGUUUUUUUCAGUGUGAAGUGAAUGGGAUCUCUUGUGUAAUGAAAGGUAAAUAGAGCAGGUGGGGAGGGAGUUCAGGUGCAAGUUUUUGUUCAGUCCCAUGAGUUCUUCAGUCCUAGCUGGCUCUUUAUUCCAUGUAUGAAAAUCAUGUUAGAAAUGUUAAUUGAAUAAAGAAAAGAUCACCUCUGAACUAUAUAGCCUUUUAGAUCGAUUUAAUGAUCAUGUGAUUUAUGGAGCUCAGCCCGGCACCUUUCCUCCCACUGUGCGGAAAGGCAAGGUGUGGGAUCUGAGGUGCUGGUUCCUUCUGUGUGGCAAAUGGGCGCUGGAAAGCAGACUGACUUGGUGUGUCGCUGGUGACUAAAACCUAAUUUUCAGCACUGCAGCUGCACGUCCAGCCUUUGCAUACAAUUACUGUAACUGCAAGCUCAAACUAAUAGCUACAAAUGACCCUUUUGCACUUGAUGUGAUCUGAUUUCUUCACAUUCCUAACCCUAAAGAAGCCAUUUGCAAAUUGAAUGCAAGAUUUUGGUACAGAUUUUCCAUGUUUUGCCAUCAAAUCAGGCUGAAAAUGUUACUUACUGUUCUUUAUCUGAAUGACUGGCCCAGCAGAAGAGCUCCUUGGCUAGUCCUGUCAUGAGUCUCUACACCUAAGCAUCAUUUACUCUAACAAAGAGGGGGGGGGAAAUGUCCUAGCCUACUACUAUUAUUUAAAAGUUCAGGUUUGCCUGAGCUGCCUCUUGCACAGCAUCACAGCUGUUCCCACACCAGCUGUACCACAGUGGUCCUGAGCCAUGCGCAGUUGUGCAGGGUGGCUCCAGUGUGAACCGCCUGUGCCAGUGCAGAAUGAGCCGUGGCGCUCCAGACCGCCCCAUGUAGAUCCUAUGGGACAACUGGCAAAGUUUCUGGCAUACUCAGCUGUCCUCUGAGCAGCUGGGUAAAGCCACCGUAAGUCUUUGAGGGAACUGGUUGAAAGCAAUAAAACAAAAUCCAUCAAAGCCUGUGUGCUUUCACCUUAGAGGAAAGCCGCGUCACUUCUGCCUAAUGCAACGGGCACCCUCGUGUUUUACUGUGACUGAAAGUACUUUUAAAAAAUAGCAAGAUGUGACAUUCAGUGAGUUUCCUCUUUGCUGUAUGCUGAGUAAGGUUUGUCCAUCUGAAAACAGACCUGGGCUAAGGAUGGUUUUCUUGAUACCGCUUUUACCCUGUCUGCUCAGGCAAGUCUCUUUUAUGCCUCUGUUUGCGCUACGAGCUAUCCUGCAUGCAGAGCGCCGAGGGGAUUCCUGUUCGCUCCUUGUUCCCUUUCCUCAGAUGAGAGCUAAGCUUUCACAAAGAUGAAGUAGGCGCUUGUAAAGCUAGCAUCUUGUUCCUCUGCCAUGUUUCCACUAAAUUUAGUUGCUACAAUACUUAUAUGAUGGAGAACACUACCUCCAAUUUAAAAUAAUUUACUGUGAUGUCUCAUCUCCAGCAGUGCUUCUGUGGGUCAGCAGUUUGCAGUAAUCCUUUCUAGCUAGGCUAAACCUGUGCUGAACAAACAAAAUUCAAUGUUUUGGGGGUUGAUUUAAAAAAAAACCAAAGAAAAGCCCUUUCCCAGCGUUUGUAUUUUGGCACCUUAACUAAUUGUCCCGCAGAUCUGGUCAUGGCUCUUCAGAUUUGUUUUAAGCAAACAGGAGAAUUAGCCUGUAAUUGAGUACUGACUAAUGAUGUAAUUCCCAUAUCAGACUGUUUGUGGAGCUGGACAGGGCAUCAGUGUAACUCUGUUUACUCCUUCCGAGUGAGACUUUCAUAACUACAGAAUAAUGCACCUCAGCCUGUACUUUUUGAUGCUUUUACUCCCACUGAAUAACUUGACCUAAUGACUCUCUGGGUCUGGAGAAGUAGAAAUUCCCCUACAUUCUUUUUUUAGUGGUUCUGCUUUUUGGGUAGUCUAAAGAUUUAAGCGAUAACUGAAGCUGGAUUUUCUACAGAUGUUUUUGCUCUCUCGGUUAGUAAGGCAGAUUGUCUUUGAUUUGUCUGUGCCAAUUCUUAUCUGAAAUAAAGCAGAAAUGCUGGUAAAGGAGAAUUAUGGGGAAAAAAUUACCAUGCCUACUUGUAAGCAUCUGUUUACUCUGCCAAGAGCAUGCCGGGCUUCAGUCCCAAAUAUCAGGAGUGAAGUGUACGAUGUUCCGUCCACACAGCACCGGGAGUCCUUACCCACACAGAGUGGUGCCACUCUGCCCACUGCAUGCAAGGGCUCUGUGCUGGUCAGAUCCACCGAGUGUUUCCAAGAAGAGCAGAAGCAACUUUACAACGUCCCAUCCAGCCCAGAAAAGGCAGGAGCUGGUGUCCAGAAAGGCUCUCCAGUAGGCAAUUUAUAUGAUGUCCCUCCCAAAAGAGAAACUGAUAUUUCAGAAAAUGAAUCUUGGAAAAAGUGCUGGGGCCAUUACAAUACCUUGCCAAACCCUCGAAAGUCAGAAUGGAUUUAUGAUAUUCCAGUAUCACCUGAAAAAACAGGAUUAAAACAAAACCCUUCUGGCCAUUCCUUGGAGAACCAGGUGCUGUACGAUAUACCACCAGCCAGGUACAAGGCGCUACCAACUAAUACUGAAGCUAAAGUUGUAAAUCCACAAAUAUAUGAUAUUCCACCAACACAACGGAAAUUAACAUUUCCAGAUAUCCAUCUUUAUGACAUUCCAUCUUCACGGGACAUGCUCCUUUUGCCACAAAAUGGUAGCUGUGAUGUACCCCCAAGUCUUCUGGCUCCAAAACCUAAGAAUCAGAUCUCUGAAGAAAAUGUUUAUGAUAUUCCAAAAGGUUUGCCCACUGCUGUGCAGUCAAAGAAAGAGAUGGAAAAAACCGAUAGUUCUGGGCACCAAGCAUACAGUGCUCCUCCGCAGCUCUCAAGAGAUGCCAAAUUAGAACAAGACAGGUUAUCUGUUUCCAGUGCAGACAGCAGAAGCAGCACACUCUCUACAUCCUCAAACUCUUCUGCUGAGUCUCUUGCUACAUCAUCAUCAGAAGAGCCUGCCAAAGAAAUUAAACUGGACCUUGAUGUAGCCAUAGAGACACUGACUGGAUUGCAGCACAGUGUAUCCAGCUCGGUUGCAAGUUUAAUGAUCUUUGUGAGCAGUAAAUGGAGGUUACAAGAACACCUAGAGAAAAGCAUUGAAGAAAUCCACAGAGCAGUCGAUCACGUAAAAGUAUCACUGGGAGAAUUCUUGGCCUUUGCUCAAGUCAUAAAGGUAAAUGCCUCUUACCUUACUGAUAACAACCUUCAGACCAGAAUUAAAAAGCAGCUAGAAAUUCUUUUAAACUCGUUCAAAAUUUUAACAGAAACAAGAGAAGCUCUAAACAACUGCAACUGGUCACUAGAGGCUUUGGUCCUCAGGAAACCUCAGAAUAACCCGGAUGAUCUUGAUCGCUUUGUUAUGGUAGCCCGCACGAUCCCAGAUGAUAUCAAGAGGUUUGUAUCCAUCAUCAUUGCCAAUGGAAAGCUUCUCUUCAGAAAGAGUGAGAAGGAACACGAGAUGAAGCAAUCAAAAGUGAACCCAGAAUACAAAAUGGCAAAACAAAUCACAAUGCCAGGAAGCCUAGAAAUAGAUUCACUUCAAAGAAGUACUCCUGAUAAACCCAACCAAAGUCAGGUCUCUUCUGAGAAACCAAAAGAAAAUGCCACUGAGGACUGUGAUUAUGUUCAGUUACAGGCACAGAAGAUCAUUUCAGAUAAAGAAGUAGCCAAGAAGAAUACAGAUUCAAAACCAAAGGUUUUGCCAUCUGCAAAAAGUACUGUAAUUCAAAGCAAGCAGGACUCUGCAAAGAAAAUUGCUCUCCCAGACCACUGUAAGCUGUGUUUUUGUGCACUUCACAAGGCAAUUGGUGUGUUUACUAAUAGUCUGAACAACAACCAGCCACCUGAAGUCUUCAUAUCCCACAGCAAAUUGAUCAUUAUGGUGGGACAAAAGUUAGUGGAUUCUCUCUGCCAGGAAACUCAAGAAAGAGAUGCUCGGAACAAUAUUCUCCACAGCAGCAGCCGGUUUUGCAGCCUCUUGAAGAAUCUGGCUCUUGCCACCAAAAAUGCCGCAAUACAGUAUCCAAACGCGGAUGCCGUGAGGGAACUUCAGGAUCAAACUGAGGAGCUGUCUAAGUACACGCAGCAGUUUAGAGCAAUGAUGGAAUGAAAGGCAUUUCACUGUUUUUACAAAUUCUCCACUGUUGUUGCUCCUUUGGCAUGUGGUAACCAAGGGGGAGGCAAAAGCAGCUCAGUAACACUGGCUUUCGGCCACCUCUAGGAACUCCUGCUGGGCAGUUCCCUGGGUGCUGUGCACUUUCAGCAGGUGAAGAUCUGCACAACAGCAGAUACAGAAGAGGAUCUGUUGUAGAAUUAAAUCUGUACUUUCUUCUCCAUUUUUUAGAUCCUCCCUGGAAACGUUAUCGUAGUAGUUGGUCAGGAAUGUUUGCUGUGUAUUAGAACAAAGUUAUUUUAUUAUCUGGCUGAUUUUUUUUUUAUUAUUUCUAUAUAUGUCAGAUAAAUAUAUUCCCCCCUUUUUUUUA